AUCACCUUUGACACAGUUUCUCAGUUUUGUUCCUGCAGCAGCACUGAGGAGCAUCUGAAGGGUCCAAGAUGAACAGAGCUUUCAACAGAACAAGUAUAAAACAGCUGACUGGUGUCCUCCAAAGGUUUCAAAGCACCUUGGUGGUCGCAGAGCACAACAAUGACACGCUGACCCCGAUUACACUAAAUGCCAUCACUGCUGCCAGUAAGCUGGGCGGAGAGGUAACCUGUCUGGUGGCUGGAACAAACUGUGCCCAGGUUGUAGAGCAAGUGAGCAAAGUACAAGGUGUGCAGAAGAUACUGGUUGCCCAACAUGACUCGUACAAAGGUUCCCUGCCAGAGGAGUUAACUCCACUUAUCCUGCAAACACAGAAGCAAUUCAAUUUCACCCACAUCUGUGCUGGAGCAUCUGCCUUUGGAAAGAACCUGCUCCCCAGAGUGGCUGCCAAGUUGGAUGUUGCUCCGAUUUCAGAUAUCAUUGAGAUCAAGUCUCCAGACACCUUUGUCAGAGCCAUUUAUGCUGGAAAUGCUCUCUGCACCGUGAAAUGCAAUGAGUCGGUCAAGAUCUUCACCGUCAGAGGGACAUCCUUUGAGGCCGCUUCAACAGAGGGAGGAAGUGCUACAUCUGCAGAUGCAAUUACCUGUCCUCCUCCCGCUGGAGUUUCUGAGUGGCUGGAGCAGUGUCUGACAAAGAGCGACCGUCCAGAUCUGACCAGCGCCAAAGUUGUGGUGUCAGGAGGACGGGGCUUGAAGAGUGGAGAUAACUUCAAGCUGCUUUAUGACCUUGCUGACAAGAUGAAUGCAGCAGUUGGUGCAUCCAGAGCAGCAGUGGAUGCUGGGUAUGUUCCCAAUGACAUGCAGGUUGGACAGACGGGCAAGAUUGUAGCGCCGGAGCUGUACAUUGCUGUCGGUAUCUCUGGAGCUAUUCAACACCUGGCUGGAAUGAAAGAUAGCAAGACUAUUGUUGCCAUCAACAAGGACCCAGAGGCUCCCAUUUUCCAGGUGGCUGACCUUGGCUUGGUCGCUGAUCUUUUCAAGGCUGUCCCUGAGAUGACUAAAGCUAUGGACAAGUGAGGAGGAACCGGUCAGACUUCCAUCAUAUAGCCACUGCCUUAACAAAUAUCUGAAGUUGUGAGUGUUUGCAUGCAGAAAUAACUUUCACCAUCUUCUCUCUGACUGGCAACAGACACAAAUUGUCAAUAUAGAAAUAAAUGCCAGUUUUUAUCGAUAAUAUACAUGUGUUUUAAUAUCAACCAAUAAGCUUGUACUGACCUUGGGGCGGUGUCUGAUGCCAUUGGUUGUACAAAUGUUGUAAUUUGUAUUUAAUUCUCUGGUACAGCAAAGGACACCUUUGGCAACGCUUGCCUCUCUGACGUACUGUGUAGAUGACUGUAAGAUGUAGCCUAGAGGAUGUGUACUCAAUGAGAUGCUUUUGGAAAAUAAUGUAUUAAAUUGACAACUAAUAACUUU